AUGCAGACAGGUCUGGCGAAGCGCAUUUCGCACGUUCCAAGACAAGCUUUGGGACUGAAUUCAACAACGACAUCUACGGGCUUAAUAAGCCCCUCGUCGCAGGACACAUUUUCAAUCAACCUCUCAACCACUCAAGGUGAAACGUCUUCGACCAGUCAAUUAGUAGCUACCAGUUUCCCAUCUGCUUCGCCCAGCCAGCAGCCGACGACCUCAGGAUCUUAUGUGCCAGGAGGAACCCUCUCAGGAACAGGAGAACCGAGCACAGGCCGCAUAUCCUCGGCAACAUCAGAUGAAAUCAGUUCGCAGAUCGUCGGCAGUUCCAGCACGGUACGACCGGUCGAUUCAACCACUCACAAUACGGUCAUCAUCAGCCCGUCGGAACUGCCAAACACUGCAUCUACCAGGAACCUCACAAGCACGGUGUCUUUAGGCAUCUCUUCACAUGGCCUGACCACUAUAGUGAGAACUAAUUCAUCAGCGUCGAUUUCAUCUGGCAGAAGUACCACUUCGUCAUCCGCCUCGUUUAGCGGUAACUUUAGCAGGCCCAGUACAACCUUUAUUGACACGAUUGAUGAGAAUCAAGUAGUGACCCUGACGCUGCCUACGGGCUAUGAACCCAAGCAAGACUGCAUUUCGACUUCCGAAGGCGCCAUACCAACAACAUGGUCAAUUGUCUACACAUCAACAACAACUUUCUAUGGGAACCCCACAGAGUACACACCUCCUUUCCCCGAAAUAACUAUACCGGCCACAUGCACUCCUCUCAACUCGGGUGGCGGAAGAUCACGCCCACCGAUCUCUGGUGCCUUUUGUGCCCCCUCGGUUGCGGGUGGAUGCUCAUCUAUAGAGGCCAUAGCAUCAUAUGCGCUCACCAUGGUGCCUAGCUCACCUAAGGUUGUACCAGCAGCGACGUUUACGUUUGUCACGACGGCCAAGAACCCGUCAGUGAUAUAUUUGCCCAUCAGCACACCACGUUACGGCAAUGAUCCUGAAACCAAGGCCCCCCAGGAUAAGCAGACAGCCUUGAAACCGCCUCCCGAUCAAUCCACAGACAAAUCCCAGCCUCCGCCCAGUCCACCCGCGCCGCCACGUGAAAGCGUCAAGGAACCUCCCAAGGCCACUUACACGGUCACUGUUGCUCCUACCAAGGUCAUCAUUAAUGAUCAAACGUUCACAAUAACGAGUCCCUCAGAAACAACUCGGGUUACGGUGGACGGCGCUCAAUUUACCAUCAACCCAAGCGAGGUAGCCGGUGGAGGGACCGUUGUUAAUCGUCCAGGUAAUGUUGGUCGAAGAACGCUGGAACCUACAAGUACCAUGGUUGGGGAGCUACCUGUUGUGAUUGCUCCAGAUGGAGCGCAAAACGCGGUUGUGGUUGGUGGAACGACGUUCGAACUGCAAAGCACGCCUGUCACGGCGGUGGUCCAGGACCAGACCAUCACGGUCCAAUCUUCACGCAUCAUUUUUCCCGACCAAACCGUUUCGAUCAGCCGAUCGUCACCAGUACAAACAGAGAUUGUGGUGGCGGGCGGUGAGAUGCUGACGGUUAUUGGUCGGUCCAUCUUGGUCAUCCGGUCCACGACGAUUACCUACGGGCCAGAGUCAUCCACCAUCACAGAAAUUGUGGACGACGAUACCAUCAUAAUCGGCCCAACCGGGGUGACUGUUCACAAUGUAACCAUGGGGGGGCCCAACGCGACGCCAUCAGACACCUUUUACGAGAUCGUGGGUGGUGCUACAAUUACACAAGUAGGGGCGUCGCUUGUGGUACUCAAAGGUACAACCUUUACCGUUGGCCCAGGGAGGGGGACCACGACGACGGUCGUCGGUGGCGAGACUAUCAUAAUCGGUCCGUCAGGUGUCGCUGUGUCGACACUGACCUUCUCAUAUCCGUUCGGGCCAACGGUCAUUACCACAAUCAGUGUGCCGACAGCAACUGCGGCGCCGGCGCCGGUGCCGUCCGAGACAAAAACGAAUGGCGGGGCAGGUGUCAGGCACGCAGGGAGAGCGACAGGGGUCAGUCUGGAAUUUUGCAUAGCGAUCGGUGUCUGGGUUCUGGGACGCAUGGUUUGA